AUGGCCGCCCCGUAUACCCAGCCUGCCUGCGGCCGUCACGAGGACAGACGAAAUAGAUUUGGGAAGCGCUCAUCUGGGUGCCGCGCAGGCGGGCGGGGUGCAUGCGGGGCAGGCCAGGCAGCACAGCACGGCCAGCAUUUGGCUGAGUGUCGGGCGGAAUCGGGGGGUGGGGUGCAGAAUGUGAAACAUUUUCCACGAGGAAGGAAACUUAAAACCCAGCUCGGCCCCUGUGGCAUUUCUGAAAAGCGCACUAACUUGUGUAGGGCCCGCGCCGCCCUGACUCACGGGGUCCCUCUGCUCUUAGGGGGGCGCGUGAAGACCUGGAAGCGGCGCUGGUUCAUCCUCACCGACAACUGCCUCUAUUACUUUGAAUACACGACGGAUAAGGAGCCCCGGGGAAUCAUCCCGCUGGAGAACCUGAGCAUCCGGGAGGUGGAAGACCCGCGGAAACCCAACUGUUUCGAGCUUUAUAACCCGAGCCACAAAGGGCAGGUCAUCAAAGCCUGUAAGACGGAGGCGGACGGCCGGGUGGUGGAGGGCAACCACGUGGUGCACCGCAUCUCGGCGCCCAGCCCCGAGGAGAAGGCGGAGUGGAUGAAGUCCAUCCGCUGCGCCCGGGCCCGCGGGGGCGGGGCUGGAGGGCGGGGCCCGGGGCUCUGGCAGGUAAAAGUAAACUCAAACCCCGCAGCAAAGAGUGACUGGGGGCCUCCCCGCGACACCCUGGACCCCCGGCCUGGCUCCUUAGGGAGCUGGACUCGAGGGGCCUCACGUCGUCCCUUCCCGCCGCCCUCCCGGCGCCGAGCGCAUCCUUCUCGAAGUCUCGUCCAGCAGCUGCGCCUGGUGGUUCAGCCGUGA